UCUUUUGUCUGCGACCAGUCGGCGAGCUUUAGUUAGAGCAGUGUCGCCUUACGGUUAGUACGAUUUAGUUAGGACCCUGUGUGCUUUUGGCUGUAUAGUUCCUGUACGUUAAUAAAAAUUUAUACCUAUAUACAUAUAUACACACACAUGUUUAUAGAAUAUUGUAACCAGUAAAAAAAAAAUUCGGAACAAAAACGGCUUGUGUACGCUUUGUGCUCGUCGUCGAACAUUUCUCGGUGUUGCAGUUUUAUGUGAAGCUGACAGAAGCAGCAGUAGUAGCAGCAACCAAAAACAAAAAAAAAGAAGAGAAGAAAAGAAGUAAAAUCUCAAUUAAACUCCAAUCAUCUGGCGGAAAGACGCACCAGGCCAGGUGAAGGUUGAAGAACGCAGCAGGCGAGUGAGAAAAGUUUCAGUGUGUGUUUAAUAAACUGUGUGUAGCACCCGAUCCACCAAUUUCCUCCCUCCCCCCAUCAAAUUCUACCACCCCCGAACCGAACCCUUCCGUUAACCCGGACAGAAGCUAACAGUCAAGCCACCAGCGGCAACAGCAGCAGCAGUGGGCCAAGAGACAGCGAAAAAUCUGUAGCGUAAAAACAAAGGAAAAUUAAGCGGAACUGACAAGAACAUUUAAUUUUAUUUCGAUAUCCUGCGCUCAAAACCCGUUCUGUGUCUAUUCCGGUACCGUCGUCGUUCUAGUUGCUUCUUCUACGUGGAAGUAUUUCUGUUUCUUUAUUUCGCUUUAUUUUUCGGUGAUUUAGUUCCACGAUAACCACAGCCGGGAACCAGAAGUCCAUGUGAAAGUGUUAGUGCGGUUCUAUUUACGUAUAGAUAAUUUUCACGUUUGCGAAAACUAGUGAAAACUUUGACGUCUGCUUGCUCGGUUGACCCGAGCUUCUCAGCCGAAAGCGUCGUUAUUUGUUGUUUUUGUUUUUUGAAUCCCCAAACCAUCGUUCAAUCGUGGGAUGGCAAGCAGGGGUGGAUAAUAAAAGUAAAACAAAAAAAAAGGCAAAUAAUAAAAACUAGUAUAUAAAAAAUCAUAGCCCCAAAGACUCGACAGCGUAAAGCGGCGCUGAGUAUCGUAAAAUAAAACCGGGGCAACCCCUCGUCGCACAUUGGUAGUGUGGCAGUGAAAAAAAAAAGAAGCUAAAGAAGAUAGCGCGCGUUUUGCCUCUCGCGACAUCGGGGACUUACAACGCGGUGGCAGCAGCAGUAGCAGCAGCAGUUAGCAAGCAUAGUAGGCCACGAUAAGGCAAAGUGUCUGCGAAAAAAAAAGAACGACCGCUUUCCCGCUGUCACCACCAUCGUCAUCCUCCAAAACUGUGUGGUGAGACUCGUAACCAUCACAACAUUCCGCACGGCGUGAAAAAAAGCGCCACAUAAUCGUGCAUAUCGUGCAGAGAUAUUAUUUACAUUUCAUUUCCCUUCAAUAGCAGAGCGCUAUUUACCCCCCCAAGCGUUUACUGUGAGCAGCGGGCGUCCCCCGAGGAGAGCGAUCCCGUUUUUUUUUUACGCGGCGGCAUUGUUUAGAAAUAAUUACCGUCAUUUGAUUGCGAAACGGGUCCAGGACUCGGCAAUAGGCGCGCAGUGAGUGUCGUCGGGGUGUUUAUUUUUUCCCACCUCUCGAGUCAAUUAUAAAACGUGUAAAGGGUCGGUGCUAGGCUUGGCAGAACUCGGUAGUAAAGUGUCCAGUUCCAGAGGAAGAGCGAAGUCUUAGUGUGUGAGGCGCGCCUUCAGCAGCAAACACCGCGAGCGGACGAAGAUGUUGGCAAUGUCAACACUAAUGAUGCCCGCACCGACGAUGGCUCUCAGUGCCGCUCCCCAGCUGACCGUUGGGCCUCACAAACCACCGGAAACAAAACUGCUCACCAUCCAUCCGGCUCACUCGCAGUCGCAAACGACGCCACAGCAUCAGCUUCACCAGCACCAACAGCAGCAGGCCGUUGCGGCUCAACAGCAACAGCAGGCGGCCCAGCAGCAAGUCGCCGCUCAGCAGCAGGCUGCGGCCCAACAACAGCAAGCCCAGCAGCAGGCUGCGGCCCAACAGCAGCAGCAGCAACUUCAACAGCAACUGGCCGCAACCGUCAAGCAGGAAAUGUCGUCGUCGUACCACUGGCAUCUGCCCCCGACGGCAAACAGUGGCGGCGGUGGCGGUGCCGGCGGUGGAAGCCUCGUCAAGCUGCCCUGGAAGACGUCGACGAUGACGACGACGACGACAACGGCGGCAGGAACGACGGUGCGACACCACGGUUCUAAUGAGAACUUAGGUGAGUCGUCAACAGAGUUUCAAACUUUCGUUUCACCAAGGGAAUGGCACGAGAAACACGUCAAUCAUUGGAGUGGACACCAGCAUUAUCACAUAUUUGUCGGCGAUCUCAGUCCGGAAAUCGAAACGCAGACACUGAAAGAUGCCUUCGCUCCAUUUGGGGAUAUAUCGGAUUGCCGCGUGGUUCGAGAUCCACAGACGCUGAAAUCCAAAGGCUAUGGCUUUGUGUCGUUCGUGAAGAAAUCGGAAGCGGAAAAUGCAAUAGCUGCCAUGAAUGGACAAUGGCUUGGAUCGAGAUCCAUCAGGACAAACUGGGCCACUAGAAAACCACCGGCAACCAAGCCAGAAUUGAACGCCAAACCGCUCACUUUCGAUGAGGUGUACAAUCAAAGUAGCCCUACCAAUUGCACCGUCUACUGCGGUGGCGUUGGGGGAACACUGGCCGGUGGCCUCAGUGAGGAAAUUCUCCAGAAGACCUUCUCUCCCUUCGGUACCAUCCAGGAGAUUCGCGUUUUCAAGGAUAAGGGUUAUGCUUUUGUGAGAUUUUCUACCAAGGAAGCGGCUACUCAUGCUAUCGUGGCAGUACACAAUUCGGAAAUCAAUGCCCAAACAGUGAAGUGCUCCUGGGGCAAGGAAAGUGGUGAUCCGAACAACGCACCCUCGCUGGCCAGUCAAGCCCUGAGCCAGGCCGGAUUUCCCUUCAACACGGCUUACGGUCAACAGGUAGCCGGCUAUUGGUAUCCACCGGCACCGACUUAUCCAACCACGCCAGCGCCGGCUGCAGCACCGCUGCAGGGACAGUUUCUGCAGGGCAUGCAGGGGUACACGUAUGGACAGUUUGCCGGAUAUCAGCAGGGUUACAUGGGAAUGGGCAUGCAGCUACCUGGAGCAUGGCCAGGAGUUCCAACCCAAGCCCAGAUCCCCGCUACCGCUCAGCAGCUUGCGCAGGCUGGCGUCGGUGGGGCUCUCCCACAGGCCGCCGGAGUCGUCGCCUAUCCGAUGCAGCAGUUCCAGUUAGCUGACGAUGAAUGGCUAGCGCCCAGCCUACUAGUGUAGCUCCCUUGAUGGCCAUCGUCACUGUGCGGCUGUGUGCCACCACAUAAAUAGAGCUCUCCUUCCUGUGUACCCUUCCUCCACGAUCACAACAAGUUAACACCAUCAUCAGCACCGUCAGAGUGCAACCGUCAGUUAUUCAAUCGUCCAUGCAGAUCAAGCUGAGUGCAGAGGAUACUUGCUGCGGUUCUUCUCGCAGUGAUGUGGAGGAAUCCCGUUGCUUGCGAAUGCAAGAAUAAAACAUAAAUACACAGAGAGAAAACAAAUGUUGAAGUAUUACACAUACUAAAAAAAAAACAAAAUGCUUUGAAAAUAAAAACGGUGACACUUGCGCCGAGGAAAAGAAUCGAAAAAAAAUACACACACCCACACCUAAGGAAUAUAUAUAUAUAUACUACAAGUAACGGUAAGAUACACGCACUUAGAUAGUAACAAUGAAAGCAGUAGCGAUAGUUACGUUUGUAAAUAGCAGCAGAAUAAAGUUAAAUUACACACAUGAAAGCAAAACAAACAGUAAAUGAUAUCAAUCGUAGCCAGAAAUGGGGGAAAAGUGUAGCCAAGUAAGGGAAGAAAUAUCUUAGCAUCAUUCACCUAAACACACAGACACACAAAUAUACACACACACACAAUCACACGUACAACAGCUCUUAAUCGUCCAGUGGGGGAAUGUGGGAGAACUAUCGUGUUAACUGAAUUGGUUUGUUAAUCUUUGUUAGGAGCAGGGACAGCAGAAAAAAAAUGCACAGCUAUUGUGAUGCGAAUACCCCGGCAGUUACCGUCUUAGGAGAUCGAUCGAAGCAAUCGUUAGCUCUAAAUGAAACUAAAUUAUUAAACUUAUUGACCGUGUUAGAAAGUAAUAACCUGUUGAUUUCAUCAUUCCAGUACGACAAUUUUGAGACUUUUUUCCCCGAGAAGAAAUCGCAUUAUUUACCGACAGUUGAGUAUAUUUAACAUAUAUAUUUUUUUUACGUCAGCCUUUGCAAAACUGAAAUGUCAAAGUCACAGUGCGAAACACACCGUAUUCGGAAACAAUCAGCCGUUUUCUUUUUGGAUUGCCGUUUACUUUUUCGGACUACUUUUUCGCCUCUUGAGACAACCAAAAAAAAAAACAAAAAAAGAAAUGACGAAAAACUUAGACCAGAUUGAGCGAUUAUUAGUGGAACUAACGGCAACGGAGGCAAACCCAUUCGAGUAGAAGAACCUAGGCUCCAACUACUCACUUACACAUACUACUAUAACUCACUAUUAUAUAUAUACAACAACCGAAAAAAAGCAACAUAGAUAGGAAUUAUUUUAAACGAAUAUUUGUGAGAGUUAAGAAACAACAAAUUUACCAACAAAAAAAACCUUCGUUUCUAGUCUGACACACUAGCAAACCACACACACCUAAUUACAACAGUUUUUUGUUUUUGUUUUUUGAUGAUAAAACUGACUAACUAACUUUCCAGCUAAACAAAGCGUUAGUAAAUAGACUAGUGUUGAUAAAAUUAACAAAAAAAAGUAAAUAUCCAACCCAAAAAAAAAACAUCAUAAUGCGAGGCAAACGCAAGUCUAAUCAACACAGCAUUAAACACACUCACACAUAAACCAUGAAGCAAUUACCUAGAGGAAAACGUGAAACAAUUAAAUCUAAAGGAAAGCAAAACAACCAAAUAUAUGUUGAAAACAUAUAAGUAAACUCGAAUUACAAUUAUUGUGAAUGCAAGACAGUAUCUAACAUUAUAGGAAGCCACUGCGAAACCAUUGAUAGAAGAUGAAAGACCCUAGUAGGCGCACAUGAUUUUAAUGUUUCCUCGUUUAAAUCCGUACCGCGAAUCGUUCUCAGUUCGAACACAAAUCUGUGUUCACGUAGUAGUAGUUGUGUUGUGUUUGGUAUUCCCUUUAUUUGUGCCAUUGAUCCACAGAAAACUAACCAUAAAAAAGAUGAAGAAGCAAGAAUUGUCACGGUGGCAUAUUAGUACGCUAGUAGCUCAGUAGUAGGCGUAGAACAGUAGUAGAAGUAUUGUAGUAAUAGCCGUAGAAAAGUAGUUACGUUUUCGCUUGGUUCUGCGUCUGUGUUGACAGCCAAACCGCGUUCCUUGGUUGCCACAACAAGCCCUUUUGUAUGUUUAUAAUCUCUCAACAAAGUAGGCCCUGUACUUCCUGUUUCCCUGCAAAAUAAAACACACAAAAACUCCCUCGAAAGCCAAGUACCAUUCUAUAAAUUAUACAUUUCUGUACUUUUAUCAAACUGCGAAUCUACCCAAUCAAGAAGAACGCACGGAUACAUUCACAGCUGGCGGUGGAAUAUAGAUUGGAAGACACGGCAGGCCUCCUAGGGGCCCCGAAGUAGUUUUUUUGUGGUGUAGACACGCAAUAGCAACAGUCACGAGUGUGAAAAAAAUGAUCGAAGCAAACCAUGCAAACAAGUCUUCUAGUAGAACUACUCUCGGAUUGUAGAGACGAAAAAAAACAUUAAAAAAAGAGCAAAGAAUUAAGUAAUUGAAAAUCACUCCCAGAUUUUUUGAAAGGAGGCUACCAUAUCUUAUAUAUAUACAAGACACACACACACAUAAUAACGGAAACAAUUGCGAGUGGACCGGCGAAAAUGCCAGCUAAAGAUUAACCAGAUAAGUUAUUGAGUGUUUUGUUUGCCCAGAAAAGUGGAAAAAAAAAAUUACCAAAUAAAAGAAAGUAUUAAUACCAAAACAAAACUUAGAUAAACAACCAACUACGCACACUAGCACACAAUUACAUAGUAAACCAGUAGAUGCGCAUGGCAUUAUUCUUAUCGAUAAAGUUACCUAGCUAGGGGAGGCUGUCUCGAAGGGCCACCGAAGGAUGCUUUCUCGUUUUAGGUUAGUUCUUCCGAAAUUAUAAUCCAAAGUCCAGUGCGCGCCUACUGUGAUUGUCAGCAAACGCACGUCAGUCAGCCCUUCUGACACCUCUACUACGUACUUUUCAUUUGGUCUGCAAAACACCCGCACAGACAUCAAAUCAAAAACAAACUGUAAAUAACGGAAUCAAAACUAAGGAAUCAACUAAAAACUAACACACACAGACAUACACGCUAUACACAAUAAUCAAAAUAAUUUCAAUAAUAAACUACCAAAAACAGAACAGAUGUGUAAUUAUAUUGGAACGUGAAUUCAAGCUUGAACGAAGAACAAAAAUCAUGAUUAAUAACAAAAGCUUUGGUUGUGAAAAAGAAACAGAAAAAUUAGCAGAAAAACAACAUGUAAAAUCAAUUUUAUUUUUCCCGAACCGCGUCCAAAUUUCCUAACAAAAACUGAUCAAACAAUCGAACCAACUUACAGUUAAUUUCGGUGUUUUUUUAUUAUUAUUUUAUCCCACACUCUGACCGACAACAGAAAACGCUAAAAAAACUGUACACAAAUGAGAAAUUUAUAGCAAAAAAAAGGCAAUCGAGAAUUGUUGCGCCAGCGCCGCAACAAAACUCAACCAACAAAAUAUUUAAACAAGUAUGAGCGAAGAAAAAAUCAAUCAACUUACUCAGAAUUGAUUUCCAGCAAUAAACACACACUCUAACACUCACACACACUAACACAAAAUGCAAAAGAGCGAGAAUAGAGAAAAAUGAAAAAAAGAACAAUGUGUAGGAGCAAAUAUUGUAAUCUUAAACUAAAGAAGAAGAAGACGCUGCGUAACAUUUUUAACCGUGUUCCGAUUUUGUAACUCCUCCCCUUCCCCCCUGCCCCUCUCGUUGUACUGUCGAACCUCCUCUGUUCCGAUCGUGUGUUAAGUUUGGUUUCGUUUUAUCUAGGAAUCAAAAAUUAAGCAAAAAAAUGUAAACUAAUGGCAAAAAAGAAAGGUGAACGAAAGAAGAAAAAGAAACUGUAAUACUCACAAUUACGAAGAGGAAAAUAAAACGUAACACACACUCACACUUACUAUCCUGUGAUUUUAGCUGAAAUUAGUGCAAACAAAAAAAUAAUGAAGAAAAAAAAACACUGUUGGCUGUUGUUCAAGACUAUUUCUUGUUUCGUUGUUUUACCGGUUGUUUGGUUUUUUAUCGGGACAUUCUUCCGUACUACUCGCGGUUUUGUAGAUUCGAAAUCUAGUCGAAACCUGUUUUUUUUAUUCCUCUCCCGAACCCCUCCUUGAAUCCUUCUCUCUAUUUUCAACCCUGUUCUGUCGUCGUUUUUCUCUUCUUUUGUUCUGUCCUGAAUCUGGUCAAAUUUGUUCCAAGAGUAAAGAAAACCAAUUGGACGCAAUUAUCAUUACCGGAACAAAAUGUGGAUAAAUAUUUUUAAUGAAAUUAUAUUAAAAACGAAGAGUAAGGAAACAUAUAUUAGUAAAAUGAGUAUAUUUAUAGUGUUAUACUUGGAAUAACAGCAUAACUGAUAUGGAAAUAUAAAUUUAUUAUAUAUACAUUAAACAAUAAAAGGUAAAUAAUCUAUAUAAUGAAAAAAAAAUAUAUGAAUUGAAUGUAAGGCAUUUUUUACCAGAAAAAAACACAACAAGAAAAAAAAAGACAAAAACCAAUAUAUAUACACAACACACAUAUAAAAUAUAUAUUACGAGCAUGGAAAAGGCAUAACAAACUGGAGGAAGAGCAUGCAAAAUAACGAAAUUAAGGUUAAAAUAAUAAGCGGAAAACAAAAAAAAUGAGAAUAAGUAAAGGAAUUAUAUACAAGCAUGAAUUGAUUAUUUUGACAAAGCAAAAACAAAAAAAAACGUACUAUAUUUAUAAAUACAGUUAAACGAGACCAUAGUCAAUAGCAUACCGUUAUGGCAGAGGAAAAAUGAAAAAAAAAUAAACCACUUAAAAGACAGUAAAAGGAGACGAACACAAUUGGAGCUGAAUAAAGAAGAAGAAGAAGAAACCCAAAACUAACAAACAGCUUUGCAACGGGGCUGCCGAAAGGGGGCGAUCCCUAAUUUUUGUCGUCGCGUUCGUUUCCCCUUUCGUUGCAGUUCAUUUCACGACAUAAACCUCCCCACAAACACACACACACACACACAAAUACACACGCUCACACAGUCAGGCAGGCUUGAUGAUACACACAAACAAAACAAAACACAUACACUCACACACGGAACUAAUUCGAAGGCCACUCCAAAAUAUCUAAACAAAAUUAGCAAGUAAUAGAAGCAAGUGAAUUAAACAAAUAUUGAAAUAAGUGGAAAAAUAAUACAACAUUUGCACAGUAUAGAUGUAGAAGCACCAAACAACAAUGAUUAAGCAUAAACAAAAAUGUUAUAAACCAGAAAGAAGAGAAAAUCAAACAAAAAAAAAACGAAAAUUGAAUUUAAGGCGAAGCUAUAAAAUUAUUAAAGCAGAACGAAAACACAGUAUAAAUAAAACAAAAAAGGAGGAACACUUUUUCCAAACAAAGCAUUAAGCCAGCAGCGGAAGAAGCAACGUGACAGACAAACAAAAAAUCUUCACGUUCCGUAGUAGGCUGUGGUUUAUGAACAACGGGUGUUUUGUUUCAUCUUUUUUUCCGAACAGUGUGACACACAAGCAGAACAAGAGCCCGUAGAAAGAUUCUAGCAGAAAAACGGACCUUUCUUUAAACACUAACAUACGGACAAAAAAUAACACACACACAUACACAUUAGACGAAGAGCGAAGUCCAAAAUUUUUUGCUAGCGGCUACAAUAUUUUUUUCGAAAAAAAAGUGACGAUUUUUUACCUUUUUGAUAAUAUUUGAUACCGUAGAAGGAGAGAGAGAGAAAUAGCGAGAGCGAAAGAUGAGACAAACCGCUGCCAUACAGAGAAGGCAAACGCGUGCAAAAAAGAAAUAAACCACAUAACCAGUCGAACAAAAAAA